AAAUGUGCCUCAGAGACUGCUGACCUCAGACCUUGCAGUGACUUGCUUUACCAGAGCUGUGAUGGCCAGUCACCAAGCAGAAGUUCAGAGUUUGAAGCUAGAUAAUGAUUCAGUUAUAGAAGGAAUAAGUGACCAGGUACUGGUGGCAGUUGUGCUCAGUUUCACUUUCAUUGCUGCUCUGGUAUAUACGCUUUUAAGAAAUGAACAUCAGAACAUACACCCAGAAAAUCAAGAGCUAGUGCGAGCUCUUCGUCAGCAGCUUCAAACUGAGCAGGAUGCUUCUGCUGGUGAUAGACAUCACUUCUAUACAGAUAUGUCCUGCCCAGUCUGUUUGCAACAGGCUACGUUUCCUAUAGAAACAAACUGUGGACAUCUCUUCUGUGGUUCCUGCAUUAUUGCCUACUGGAGGUAUGGCUCAUGGCUUGGUGCCAUCCGUUGUCCAAUCUGCAGACAAACGGUAACAUUGUUUUUACCACUCUUUGGUGAAGAUGAGCAGGAUGCAGCCCAAGUGUUUCAAGAUGUUAAUGAUUACAAUCGGAGAUUCUCAGGACAGCCCAGAUCUAUUAUGGAAAGAAUUAUGGACCUGCCCACUUUAUUGCGGCAUGCUUUCAGGGAGAUGUUUUCUGUUGGGGGCCUCUUCUGGAUGUUUCGCAUCAGAAUAUUCCUCUGCUUGCUUGGAGCCUUGCUCUACCUGGCUUCACCUCUGGAUUUUCUUCCUGAAGCCCUGUUUGGAAUUCUGGGGUUCUUGGAUGAUUUCUUCGUCAUUUUUCUUCUGCUGAUAUAUAUCUCUAUCAUGUACCGAGAAGUGGUAACACAGCGGCUGAAUAGAUGAAAUGGACAAAAAUGACCCGAAUGCAGAGGUGGUUGUGGAAUGUUUUAAAAAGAGAACGACAACAUAAGUAUGAUAUAGCAAGGUGCCCGUGUACAGUUUCAGUAGUUGCAAUUUCAUAGCUGGUCAUCUUAUACAAAUAUGAAGGGUUAGUAUGUGGUGAUGCUUAACUGGAAUCUUUAAUUUGUGUAUUACAUACGCUUCAUAAGGAUGAGGUUAGUUUUAUAAUAUAAUAAACAGCCUUCAUCUACUUCCACCUGAUGAACAACUGUAUGUAAUCAAAACAGAAAACACUUUUUUGGUGUGUCGUUUGUGAAAAGGGAGUUCUAGUGAAGGACUUCUAAAAGAAAAUCUGUUUGGGUAAUCUAGACAUGGACAAGGAAAUUCAGAAAUUCACAGUACAGUUAUCAAAGCUAAAUUGUUUAAUGUCUCCCUGUUAUGGGC